UUCUUUUUUUUUGUAUAAAAACAAAAAAACCUCAACUGUUUCACUGUCUGCUCCUCUGUUGUUUCAGAAGAUUCAGCCGACUCGUUUUCGGGUUCUGUCCGGGAUCUCAAUCGGGUCGGGUCGUCGCCGGGCCGGUGGAGAUCAAAAGGUCGCAUGUGGGUUUGAUGGGCUGUGUAAGCUCGAAGCAGACAGUCUCUGUGACGCCUGCAAUUGACCACUCGGGCGUUUUCAGGGACAAUGCGGGUUCCGGGUCGGGUCGAAUCGGGGCGGAGGAUCCGGUGCCUGAGAAGAAGUCGGUCGUGGCUUGGAGGAGCAAGAGCGGGAGCAAGAGCGGGAGGAGGAGGAGCAAGAAUGAGUUGGGGAGCGAGUUGAGCGAGUCGGGUCGGGCGAGUUUGACUUGCCGGAGCGAGUCGCUGAGCUUCCGGCUCGGGAACCUUAGCAGGUACCUGGAAGCCGAGCAGGUGGCCGCCGGUUGGCCGGCGUGGCUCAGCAACGUUGCCGGCGAUGCCAUCCACGGAUGGAUCCCACUUCGAUCUGACGCUUUCGAAAAGCUCGAGAAGAUCGGACAAGGUACAUACAGCAAUGUGUUCCGAGCUCGAGAGCUCGAAACUGGGAGGAUAGUAGCUCUAAAAAAGGUGAGGUUCGACAAUUUCGAGCCAGAGAGCGUAAGGUUCAUGGCCCGAGAGAUUUUGAUUCUUCGAAGGCUCGAUCAUCCCAACAUUAUCAAACUGGAAGGUUUAGUUACUUCCAAACUAUCCUGCAACAUUUAUCUCGUGUUCGAGUACAUGGAGCAUGAUCUCACCGGUCUUCUUUCUUGUCCCGACAUCAAGUUCUCUACUCCACAGAUCAAAUGUUACAUGAAGCAGUUAAUGUCUGGACUCGAUCAUUGUCACUCACGAGGCGUUAUGCAUCGGGACAUAAAGGGUUCAAAUCUUUUGGUGAAUAACGAAGGAAUAUUAAAGGUGGCUGAUUUCGGGCUUGCGAAUUUCUGUAAUUCUUCCGGGAACAAGCAACAACCCCUCACGAGCCGAGUCGUGACUCUCUGGUACCGUCCACCCGAGCUUUUGCUCGGGGCAACAGACUAUGGAGCGUUUGUCGAUUUGUGGAGUGUUGGUUGCGUUUUUGCCGAGCUUCUGCUAGGCAGGCCGAUUCUCCAAGGAAGAACUGAGGUUGAACAAUUGCACAAGAUAUUCAAGCUGUGUGGAUCUCCACCAUCAGAUUACUGGAAAAAAUCCAAACUUCCUCAUGCAAUGCUGUUCAAACCGCAACAACAUUACGACGGUUGUCUCCGAGAAACCUUGAAAGAUUUGUCCGAAUCUGAAGUUAAUCUGAUAGAAACUCUUCUUUCUAUCGAGCCUCACAAACGUGGGACUGCCUCUUCUGCCCUUGUUUCAGAGUAUUUUGUGACAGAGCCUUAUGCUUGUGAUCCCUUGAGUUUACCGGUAUACCCACCAAGCAAGGAGAUUGAUGCAAAGCAUCGAGAAGAAACAACAAGGAAAACGACUAGUGGUAAUGGUAAUGGAAGAGCUCGGUGUACAGAAACGAGGAAGGCAACUCGAAAGCCACUUGCUUUCACUAAAUUGGCACCACUCGAGGAUGUAGUACCCAAAACCCGAGGCCUUCAGAAACGUUACGGUCACUCCAUUCAUAAUUCGAUUGAAAGUGAUGCCGGGUUAGGUGGACAACUCCUCCAAAAACCAUCGGAUCAUCACGAGAAAGAUGAAGCUUCUCAUCCGAAGAAUGCAUCACAAGGAGAUGUACCUUUCUCAGGGCCAUUACAAGUUUCCGUAUCGAGUGGUUUUGCGUGGGCAAAGCGUAGAAAAGAUGAUGCGUGCGUUAGGUCACAUAAUAGAUCUCUCUCGAGAGGCCACAUUCCUAACCUCUUGGGACCUUCUCCUGCCCAGACCGGUAAAAGUGACGUUGAAUCUAAGAUGAGUGAGAACGAUAAGGAAGAUAAAGAUGGGGCCAGAACAGAUUCCCAGAGCCGUGAGUCAUACGAGAUGAUGAAACGUUCUUUGCUGAAGCAGUGGAGCCAACUCGAACGCCCGGAUUCUUUCGAUGCUUCGGAGGAGUAUCGUUCACAGGAACUGUCACUGGCAAUGUAUCAGAGAGAAGAAAUGGCUGCAAAACUCGGUAAUUUGUGUUGUCAAGAUGAUGGGGACAAGAUUCAAUUCUCCGGCCCUGUCUUGUCUCAAUCUUAUGGAGUCGAUGAGCUCUUGGAACGUCAUGAACGUCAGAUCCGCCAUCUAGUUCGUAAAUCAUGGUUCCACAAAGGUAAGAAACAGAGGAAGUAGCUUGUGGAGAUUUGUCUGAUAAUGACAAGAGAAACCAGAAGAAGAAGAAGAAGAAGAAAAAGAAAGCUCCAAGAACUGACAUGGCAUCAGCUGCAGGAACCGUGAUUUAUUGGAUAAGAUCCGAGAUUCAAGAGGGUGGUGAUGCAGUUUUGUUAAUGCUAUUGCAUAUUAUAUAAUGUUAUAGAUAACAAAUUUGAGAGCUUAUUGAUUUUUUAUGUCUGUCUUCUGAUAUAUAACUCAAGGCAUGCUGGAAUGUAUAGAGCCAGGCCUGCGAUUAUGAUAUUUUCUUAAGCUUACAUCUUUCCAAGUAUAUGUGGAUGUAUAUAUCUAUAAUUAUAUAUGUAAACCUUUUUGAAAGGAAUGUGGCUUUAAACUUCAA